UUCUCCACUUUUCCUUUUCUUUUUCGCCUUUUCUCCUUUCACUUUUCGUUUCUUUUUCUUUUUCGUCUUCUCCAUUUCUUCUCCCUUUGUAUCAGUGCCAUGUAUUACUAAACACAAUAAAAAAUUGAGAUCGAUGGCUCUGAAACUGAAGAUAGUCUCCUCCCUGUCCUUAAACCUCCCUUCUCUUCAAUCCCAUGGAAUCACAUCUCUACGACACUUCAUGCCCUCUACUCUUUCUAUUACUACCAAAGAGGUCGAGAAGUUAAGGAAGCUGUCUUGCCGUCGAGGAUAUGUAUAUGGUGAAGUUACUCAUUCCAUUCCACCAAAGAAGAUUGAAUUAUUCAAAUCCUUGGAGGGUUGGGCUGAGCAGAAUGUGUUGGUGCACCUAAAGCCUGUUGAGAAAAGUUGGCAACCAACAGAUUUUCUGCCAGAACCUGAAACUGAAGGAUUCUACGAUCAAGUCAAGGAAUUGAGGGAAAGAGUUAGUCAUCUCCCUGAUGAGUAUUUCGUUAUAUUAGUUGGUGAUAUGAUUACAGAAGAAGCCCUUCCAACUUACCAAACAAUACUCAACACACUUGAUGGGGUAAGGGAUGAGACUGGUGCAAGCCUCGGUUCUUGGGCAACUUGGAUAAGGGCUUGGAGUGCGGAAGAAAAUAGACAUGGUGACCUUCUCAAUAAGUAUCUUUACCUCUCUGGACGAGUCAACAUGAAGCAGAUUGAGAAGACUAUUCAGUAUCUCAUAGGAGCAGGGAUGGAUCCUAAAUUUGAAAAAAAUCCCUACAAUGGAUUCAUCUACACAUCCUUCCAAGAGAGAGCAACAUUCAUCUCACAUGGUAACACGGCAAGGCUGGCCAAGGAGCACGGAGAUGUGAAACUAGCACAAAUAUGCGGUAUUAUUGCUGCUGAUGAGAAAAGACAUGAAACUGCGUACACAAAGAUCGUGGAGAAGCUCUUUGAAGUAGACCCGGAUGACACAAUGUUGGCUUUAGAUGGGAUGAUGAGGAAAAAGAUUAAAAUGCCAGCACAUUUGAUGUAUGACGGGGAAGAUGAUAAUAUUUUCGAUCACUUCUCAGCUGUCACUCAACGCCUUGGAGUCUACACAGCCAAGGACUACGCAGAUAUUCUAGAAUUUCUUCUAGGAAAAUGGAAUGUGGAGAAGCUGACGGGUCUCUCUGGUGAGGGGCAUAGAGCUCAAGAUUUUGUGUGUGAAUUGCCUAGGAGGAUUAGAAGAUUGGAAAAAAAAGCCCAGGCUAAGGCAAAACAAGCUAAGACUAGUGUUAAUGUUCCAUUCAGCUGGAUUUUCGGAAGAAAAGUAAGGGUUUAAUUAAGGGCAGAAUAUGCAUUUGUCAUGGGUGAUGACUUUAAUAAACUUACAGUAUGCUUACCAUCUUCUAUGAUAUUUACUCAAUUUAAUUUGCCUAGGAUAAAUUUGCUAUAGCUAUAGCAAAUCUGUGUUUUCCAAACUUGCACUUUUUUCUUUGAACCGCACAUGUUCCAACAUAUUUUCUGUAUAAGAAUGUGCGUACAAUUAAUUUUGUUGUUGUAGGGUAGGAUAAGGCUUGUGAUGGGAGAUAGCAUAAAUGUUUGAUGAAUA